AUGCUGCCGACGAAGAGGAAAAUCUUCACUCCGUCGCUUCAGGACCAGAGACAUCAGUUUGUUUUUGACCAUGUGCGGCAGAACAAACCCCGCAAGGUGGCGGAUUUGGGGUGCAGUGGGGGCAGUCUCCUCAGAAGGCUCAGGUUUCUGCCCGACAUCAGCCUGCUGGUCGGAGUGGACGUCCAGGGAGAGUUAUUGACCAGCAUGAAGUAUGAACUACGUCCUCUGCCGAGUGACUACCUGCAGCCGCGGGUCAACCAGCUGCGUGUCGAGCUGUUCCAGGGCUCAGUGACUCAGAAAGACUCCCGCCUCAGGGGAUUUGACCUUGUGACCAGCAUAGAGCUCAUAGAGCACCUCACUCUGGACGAUGUGGAGCGUUUCUCCUCAAGUCUGUUUGGAUACAUGAGCCCGCAGGUGGCAAUUGUCAGCACCCCCAACUCUGAAUACAACCCGCUUCUACCUGGACUGGCAGGUUUCAGACACAAGGACCACAAGUUUGAGUGGACCAGGGCAGAGUUCAGAUCCUGGGCCCUGAAGGUGUGCUGUGACUAUGGUUAUGAGGUAGAGUUCACUGGAGUUGGACGGGCGCCUCCUGGUCAACAGGAUCAAGUAGGUUUCUGCUCACAGAUUGCUGUGUUUCGCCGGCUCCGUGAGGGAGACCGCUGCAACGUGUGGCCUGGAAACGACGCUGAAGACCUGCCAUACACAAAGGUGGCCAGUAUAAUCUACCCCAGCCUGCGUGAUAGCAACCACCUGCGCGGGUUCCUGUUGUGCGAAUUGUUCUCCUGUGCAAAAACCCUGAUGACUGGAUCGUUUGUGUCUGUACCUCUGAAGAUCUUAUGGUCCUGGUCCCCCAAAAUCAGUGAGCUAUGCGAAAGUCUAAGUCAUCUCAGAAAUCUCUUGAUGGACCAACCGAAGGUCACCCUCAGCCAGGACGGCUCUGCUGUGAUUGUGAAAUUGGAAAAUCAAGGCCAGGAUGAGGACGAAGAUGCUGAUAAUUGA